ACCUCCGUAAUGUGAGAAGCACAAAAGGAGCCAUUUAUUGUAAGAUGCAAUCUGAUCCGUCAUAAGCUCCGCUCACCCGUCCCCAUGGUCUCCCCACGCAGCCUCAGCUCUUGCCAGGGCCUUUCUGGAAGCAACCCGAGCACAGAAUUUCCCAGUCCGGUGCAGGAGGAGCUUUGCCUCACAGAGCUGAUGGGAGAGAGCCCUGAGAGGCGCAGGGUGAACCAGGGCAACAUGCCGGGCAUCCAGAGCACCUUCCUUGCCAUGGACACGGAGGAAGGCGUGGAGGUGGUGUGGAAUGAGCUGCUCUUCACUGACAAGAAGGCCUUCAAAGCACACGAGGAGAAGAUCAAGACCAUGUUUGAGCAGCUGGUGCUGGUGGACCACCCCAACAUCGUGAAGCUGCAUAAAUACUGGCUGGAUGUGAAGGACUCGAAGGCACGGGUCAUUUUCAUCACAGAAUACGUGUCUUCGGGGAGCCUGAAGCAGUUCCUGAAGAAAACCAAGAAAAACCACAAGGCCAUGAAUGCCAGGGCCUGGAAGCGCUGGUGCACGCAGAUCCUGUCCGCUCUCAGCUUCCUCCACUCCUGUGAGCCCCCCAUCAUCCACGGCAACCUCACCAGUGACACCAUCUUCAUCCAGCACAACGGGCUCAUCAAGAUCGGCUCCGUGUGGCACCGGGUGUUUGCCAACGCCCUUCCAGACGACCUGCGGAGCCCCAUCCGGAUCGAGCGGGAGGAGCUGCGCAAUUUGCAUUUCUUUCCCCCUGAAUACGGCCAGAAGGCCGACGGGACAGCCGUGGACAUCUUCUCCUUUGGGAUGUGCGCACUGGAGAUGGCAGUGCUGGAGAUCCAGACCAAUGGUGACACGCGGGUCUCGGAGGAGGCCAUCAUGCGGGCACGGCAUUCUCUGGAUGACCCCAACAUGAGGGAGUUCAUUCUGUCGUGCCUGACCCUCAACCCCGACAAGCGGCCGACGGCCAACAGCCUCCUCUUCCACCGCGUGCUCUUCGAGGUCCAUUCCCUGAAGCUGCUGGCAGCACACUGCUUCAUCAACAACCAGUAUCUGAUGCCAGAGAACGUGGUGGAGGAGAAGAUAAAGGAGCUGGACCUGAACAUGGUGAUGGCAGAGAUCCGGCGUGAGGGUCGGCCUGGAGCACAGUGGAGGUACUCUGAGGUCUCGUUCCUUGAGCUCGACAAGUUCUUAGAAGACGUCAGGAAUGGCAUUUACCCUCUGAUGAAUUUCGCUGUCUCCAGACCCCACGCCCUCCCACGGGCACUCUCUCAACCCCCAGAGGACCCUCAGAAAGCCAAAACCCCCACGCCAGAGCCCUUCGAUGUGGAGACCAGGAAGGUGGUGCAGAUGCAAUGCAACAUGGAGCUGAAUGAGGACAAGACUCAGUGGCAUCUCACGCUCCUGCUGAUCCUGGAGGACAAGCUGCACCGACAGCUGAGCUACGACUUGCUGCCCACUGAUAACUCCAAGGACCUCGCCACAGAGCUGGUGCACUACGGGUUCAUCCACGAGGAUGACUGUGAGAAACUGGCUAACUUCCUGGAAAAUGCCUUCCACAAGCACCGGUCUCCUCCCUUGUGAGUCACCCCUGGGGCAGUGGGGUCCCUGCGCUGUGGGGACGGGCACGAUACCCAGCAAGGAGCAGCCAUGGGCUCUGGAACCAACUCCUCCAGCGGGGCCGCUCCAGACUGAAUCUUUGCAGUCCGUGAGAGUCUGUAUGCCUUUGCUGUGGCGUGGAAAGACAACAGCAAGCGGAAUAGCAACCAGCUGUAACACAAGGAAUGGCCUCUGCACCAGCACGUGCCCCGGCCCCUGCUCCUGGAGAGGCAAUCCAGGGUAGCUGUGGGGCCUGGGGGAGCGCUGAUGGUGUUUGUGAAGAUGUGGAGUUGCUGCAAGAGUCCCACAGACUGAUGCAUUUGCCUCUGGGAGUGAUAAGCUUUUCUCACUGUGGGUCCUAAAGCUCUUUCUUUUUUCCUCUUUGCCAGCUGGUGAUGGGUGCGGAAGGGAGGAAAGCUCCAGCGCAGUUUGCCACCUGCCACGUUCCAUCCUCUAUCUCCUUUUCCUGAUGUUUUGUUAAGGUUUCCCACGCACAGCUGAACCGCUGUGAUGCCUUUCAGUUAGAAGCUCGCAUCUUGCUGUAAGCUGACAGGUGGACUUUGUGAGCUGGACUUGGCGCUGCAGGAGAAGAAACUGCAGCAACCCAAACCCAGCUGGAUCCCAACACAGGGAACAGCAGAAACGUCACUGGUGCUGAACAGAACCAUUUUCACUGCU